UCAGCCCGAGGCCGUGACUCCACUGCGGCCAGCGCCGCCGCUGCCGCCGCCGCGCGCAGUUCAAUACCCGCCGGAGGUGGGCCAAAGGGUGCUAGAGCGCGGGGGAGGAGCGGAGCCCGGCGCGUCCCGGGAGAACCGCCACCGCCCCCAGGAGUCCGCUGGAGCGCGGAUCCCCCUGCAGGGGAGGAGGAGAGCGGCGGGCGGGACGCGGCGGCGGGCGCGCACCAUGCAGUCCCGGCGGGGCCAGCGCUGGCUGCUCGCCGUGCUGUGAGGCGGCGGGAUCCCGCGGUCGCCGCACACCGCCUUCCUCUUGCCCAGGUGCUGCCAGGCGCGCUCGCCCUUCGUCCGGCUCCCGGACCCUGGUGGAACGCACGGCCUGCCCCCCGUCCUGCCCCGCCCGGAUCAUGCGGGGGGCCCCGGAGGAGGUGAGGGCGAAUGACCGGUCUGCGGCGACCUCGUUCAGGGGGCGACCCCCUCUCUGAGACGCCCCCACCUGCUGCCAUGUGCUGCCUCCUCGGGUACCCAGCCUAUCGCCAAACUUUCCCGAUGCCAGCCUGUCUCUGAGUCGCGUUUCUGAGCGAAGUGUCCCAGAGACGGAGGGCCCAGGCUGCCUACGGACUAUCUGCUUCUCUCGGGAUCCUCAGAGAGUCCUUUCCUUGGAAUCGGAGCCCUAACCGUCCCUCCCCAGCCCUAUCCAGCGAAGAGCUGAGCGCUCCCUGCGGAGGCAGCGCCCUCCCGAAACAGUUUAUCUUUGGACGGAUUUCUUUAGAAGAAAAAGAAACCAACAGGUUGCCAGUCCCGGCGCCACACAAGUCGGCGGAGAGGGAAGCCCGGAUCCCGGUUUCCCCUGCCUGAGCUGGCCCCGCGCAGGCUGCGGGAGACGAGGGGAGGGAGGGGGCUAUGGCUCGGCCUGACCCGUCCGCGCCGCCUUCGCUGCUGCUGCUGCUCCUAGCGCAGCUGGCGGGCCGGGCGGCGGCCGCCUCCAAGGCCCCGGUGUGCCAGGAAAUCACAGUGCCCAUGUGCCGCGGCAUCGGCUACAACCUGACGCACAUGCCCAACCAGUUCAACCACGACACGCAGGACGAGGCGGGUCUGGAGGUGCACCAGUUCUGGCCGCUGGUGGAGAUUCACUGCUCGCCGGACCUGCGUUUCUUCCUGUGCUCCAUGUACACGCCCAUCUGCCUGCCCGACUACCACAAGCCGCUGCCGCCCUGCCGCUCGGUGUGCGAGCGCGCCAAGGCCGGCUGCUCGCCGCUCAUGCGCCAGUAUGGCUUUGCCUGGCCGGAACGCAUGAGCUGCGACCGCCUCCCGGUGCUGGGCCGCGACGCCGAGGUCCUGUGCAUGGAUUACAACCGCAGCGAGGCCACCACGGCGCCCCCCAGGCCCUUCCCGGCCAAGCCCACCCUCUCAGGCCUGCCGGGGUCGCCGGCCUCGGGGAGUGACUGCGCCGCCGGGGGCCCGUCGGUGUGCAAGUGCCGCGAGCCCUUCGUGCCCAUUCUCAAGGAGUCGCACCCGCUUUACAACAAGGUGAGGACGGGCCAGGUACCCAACUGCGCGGUGCCCUGCUACCAGCCGUCCUUCAGCCCCGACGAGCGCACGUUCGCCACCUUCUGGAUCGGCCUGUGGUCUGUACUGUGCUUCAUCUCCACCUCCACCACGGUGGCCACCUUCUUAAUAGACAUGGAACGCUUCCGCUACCCUGAGCGCCCCAUCAUCUUCCUGUCAGCCUGCUACCUGUGCGUGUCUCUGGGCUUCCUGGUGCGCCUGGUCGUGGGCCAUGCCAGCGUCGCCUGCAGCCGCGAGCACAGCCACAUCCACUACGAGACAACGGGCCCUGCGCUGUGCACUGUCGUCUUCCUGCUGGUCUACUUCUUUGGCAUGGCCAGCUCCAUCUGGUGGGUCAUCCUGUCGCUCACCUGGUUCUUGGCGGCUGGCAUGAAGUGGGGCAACGAGGCCAUUGCGGGCUAUGCGCAGUACUUCCACCUGGCCGCGUGGCUCAUCCCCAGUGUCAAGUCCAUCACUGCGCUGGCACUGAGCUCCGUGGACGGGGACCCGGUGGCCGGCAUCUGCUACGUGGGGAACCAGAACCUGAACUCGCUGCGUGGCUUCGUGCUGGGCCCGCUGGUGCUCUACCUGCUGGUGGGCACGCUCUUCCUCCUGGCGGGCUUCGUGUCGCUCUUCCGCAUCCGCAGCGUCAUCAAGCAGGGCGGCACCAAGACGGACAAGCUGGAGAAGCUCAUGAUCCGCAUCGGCAUCUUCACGCUGCUCUACACUGUGCCAGCCAGCAUCGUGGUGGCCUGCUACCUGUACGAACAGCACUAUCGCGAGAGCUGGGAGGCUGCGCUCACCUGCGCGUGCCCCGGCCCGGACUCCGGCCAGCCGCGCGCCAAGCCCGAGUACUGGGUGCUCAUGCUCAAGUACUUCAUGUGCCUUGUGGUGGGCAUCACGUCGGGCGUUUGGAUUUGGUCCGGCAAGACUGUGGAGUCGUGGCGGCGCUUCACCAGCCGCUGCUGCUGCCGCCCGCGGCGGGGCCACAAGAGCGGCGGCGCCACGGCCGCCGGGGACUACGCCGAGGCGAGCGCAGCGCUCACGGGCAGGACCGCGCCGCCGGGCCCCGCCGCCGCCGCCGCCGCCGCCUACCACAAGCAGGUGUCCCUGUCGCACGUGUAGGAGGAGGCCGAGGCCGAGGGACCGGGACCGGGGCCGGGAGUUGAGGGAGGGAGGUUGUUUUGUUUGGUAGCUUUGCCAAGGUCACUUCCGUUUACCUUCUUGGUGCUGAUUGCCCCCUCCCGGGGCAACUUGGAGAGAGGGGAAAGGGACCGUUUCAAGGGGAGUACCUGUCCCAGGACUUCUCAAAGGGGCUCAGCUCACGUCUGUUCUAUCUUACCGCCUUUUCAAGAGGAACCCUGUUUUUAAUUUAUAUGUAGUUUUCUUAAUUUUUAACUUUGUUGCAUUUUGGCAACAAAAUUUACCUUUGCUUUGGGGGCUUUACAAUCCUAAAGUUGGCAUUAUAAUGAAGUUCCACUUGGUUCAGGUGUCUUUGAACUGUGUGGUCUAAAUUGGGAAAAUAUAUUUCCUAUACUUGUGUCUUUAAAAAUAAUGUGAACAGUGAAAGUUGCUGUGACUGGGAAGUUGUUCCGUGUGCUUUUCCAGGUUGUUUCUCCUUCCACUGCUUAAAGUGUCCAAGAUGCUUUAAGGUGAGCUGCUUGUCCCUGUUUAUAGUUCCUAAGUUAGGGGACACCCUAAGUCAUACCAAGGAGGUGGGGGAGCAUAGUGUGGUUAGGGCCUCCGGAAAGUGACAAGGUUAGGCAAUGUUUAGAGAUUGUAAUGUGUCCGUCCUAGCUUCGUUUAGCAAGCUUCGGUUUCUUUUCUGUAGUACUUGUAAUCAUUCUCAUUCUUAACAGUGCCAGCUUUGCUUGAAUAAGUUAGAGGUAGCAUUGCAGUGUCCGGAAUAAAUAUUUGGAAGAGUGCGAACCUAAGGGAUGGUGAUUGGUUGAACUUGAAUUCUAGACUGUUAAGAUGGCAGCUUUGUGCCGGAGGAGUGGGUGGUUCUUAAUAGGCUUCGGUGAUCCCACUUUUUUAAACUUGUGUUAAAAUUUUGGUAAAAAGAAACCCACUUCCUUCUUCUGGAAGGACUUAUUAGCGAUAGUGCUGAAGAGGGCUCCUUUUUACAUUUAAGGACUAAAAUGGAUAUACCUCCUGUAAUUAAGUAAAUUUCCAACACCUCUCUUAUCUGCUCCACCCCGAUCCCACCUCCUUUAUCAUGUUAAACAGUCUUUUUGCUUUUCUUAUUCCUCCUCUCCUGGAGAGCUGUGAUUAGAAACCACACCCACCCUUGAAGGAGGUGCUUGAACGGGGGGAGGGAGGCUGGCUACCUGUGAACAAACACUGGCAGCGGUGGGGGAAAAUAAGUGUCCCUGGACUUUGGACUAGAUUACAGCCAGAUAUUCCAAAAGCAUCGAGACACUGCUCUCUGCGGCCUCUGAAAACAAAUGAGACCCAUAACACCCUUGCAUAAGCUUUUAAAACAUGGAUCAGUGUAGCAAAAGGAAAGCUGUUCCCCCCCACUCACCUCAAUAUAUUUUUCUCUUCCUCCUCUUCUGAGAAAGCCUAUAUAGUGAUGAGCACACACUUUACUGUUAGAGAAUUCUGUUUGCUUUUCUAAUCUGUUGAACCAUUCCCGCAUUUAUAUAUGAAAGCCUAUGUAUUGAUGAAUACACACGUACACACACCACGCAUACAUACUUUACUGUUAAAAAUUCUGUUUGCUUUCCUAAUCUAUUUAAUCAUUCAUUCAAGAAGAGUGUGAGGCCAUUACUGGGGAAGGGGGUGACAGUGCAUUGGCCAGCAGAAUACCAGUGACCAGGACUGAGUGGGGACUAAAUUUAAGAAGCUAAAAUGGCAAAAACAAUUAAAAUUUGGGGAUGUCUCCCUAGAAAAACAACAAGUGUAGGGAUUUGCGCUUCAUUUAUACCAAAGUUGGAAAAGUCAGAUUUAAGCCCAGGUCAGUUUUUACAUUAUGGAUAUUAAGUAAACAAGUGUAUAGUUUCCAUAGUGGAUUUAAGCACUUUGCUGGUGGAAAGAAGCCUGGUGUUAUAGUUUUCAUGGACUUUCAAAAGCUAUUCACGUUUAUAAAAAUGCACUGCUCUUACACACUCAUCCUCUGAAUCAAAAUUUCAGUAUAUUCGACAAAACCUUGUACACAGAGCUACAGAACUUUUUGCACAUCUAAUUCCUCUACUUGUUCAGAAGCUUCUUAGAACCUUGAAAUAGAUCCCCUGCCUGAGGGCCAGUUCCUCUCUUGUUUUUCAAAUGAGGAACUUCUCUGAUCACCUUGACCUCUUCCCUCAGUUAACAUGUCUUCCCAGAAAGUACAUAGAUUAUUCUGCUGCCUUAGGUCAUUGUGCCUAAUUUGGGUUUUUCCUCUUCCUUUUUUUUUUUUUUUUGUGGAGGAGUGUAAAGAUGAUGCAGAAUGUAUCUAAAAGUUGUGGGAUGAUGUGGUUGAAGUGAUUUAAUUCUUCCUUUUAAAACAACUAUUUUUCAUUUUGGCAACAUACCAAACCUAAAAAGAACAACCAAGUUACUUUUAAAAAAAAAAAAGACAGUUAAGACAAAGGAUACUAAGCCAAGGAGAGGCAAUACAGGUAAUGCAUUUGGAGGUCUAGGUCCAGGCCAACUCUCAGAGCUGCCUCUCUUUUCAGCCUCUGUUCUCACCGCUGCUCUCCCCCUCCCUUCCCUCAAAGAUGAAGCCCACCUGCUUCCCUCAAGUCUUACCUCAGCCACCCCUACCGCUACCCAGGGCAGAGAAGCCCAUCUAUCUAUGGUUGCCCCCUAUUUCCAUCUCAUAUGCUGUUUUCUUCUGAUUUUUAUUUUUAUUAGGCAAACAAUCCAUACUCAUGAAAACAGUUAUAAAAUGGAAGGUUGUGGGGUGGUUUAGCAACUUCUUCACAGCCAGCUCUGUGAUUUUAGUGAGGAUUUAAGGCCCAGUUUAGUUUCACAUGUACAGCUUUUGGGCUGUCCCUUUCAUGGUUCAAUUGUAAGCAACGUCUCCCGUCACAGAUUAGGGGGUAAAGAUUUAGAAGGAACUAAUAUGUGACCUCUCAGUAAAUCAGUUGAUAAGACUUAGGAAGUCGUUUUAAUUUAUAUUAUUAACCUCACACUUUGAAGUUGUCUAAAUUGGCUGAAAAUAAGUAUUCUUGGUGCCUUAUUGGUUUAUCCUUGCAAACCUUUGUCAUGUUUUCUCGUAGUCAUUUCCAGUGAUAAGCCUGUGUGUGUGUUGUGUGUAAUUGUGAGCAAUGUACAAGCUUAAAUAAUGUGCUGACAGCACUGUUUCCAAGUUGGUAUUCAUUAGGCCAUUUCCUCCUGGGCUAGGGCUGCACUAAUCCUGACACCGGCUGCCAGGAGAAAACCUCAUGGAUCCCACACCGCACCUUAAUAACAGCAUCCGUGACCUGCAGUCUCAAGUACAGAAUGGGAACCCCAGAGCUAGGAAAUGUAGUUGUAUAUUUUAAUGAACUGCUACCCCUGCUAAAGAGGCUUCUUUCACUUUUGUGCUCUACAGAAAGACCAAGGGGGGUAGGAGGGACAAAGCUUUGAAUAACUGCUUUCUAACACCGAAUGUGGCCAACAGGACAGAGAACAUCACAAAUCUAGGCAGGUGUGAGGUACAGUGGCUGAGGAUUUCCUGCUCCCCCUGCAUGCCCUUUCUUGCCUCCAAAGUCCAAUCAAGUGAUCCUGGGAAAGAAAUACGCCUGGGUUGAGGAGGGUGGUUUUGAAAGAAAAAGCUACCAAGACAUUAAAGCAGGGUGAAUGAAGGGUAGGCAGGAUGAAAGUAACUAAGUAACCUGGCUCAGAACUCUCAAAAGCUUCUAGCAGCUUGAUGACAAUUACAGGAUUUAUUUCAGUCUGUGGUACAUCAUUUGAAGACAAUACUACUUCAUGUUGUUACAAACUGUAUGUAUAGUAUGUAUGUGUUGUGGAUGUGUAUAUAAAUAAUAUAUAUUAUAUAUAUGAGAGAUUUAGUGACUUCUGAUACGGGUUUGGUGCAGGUGAAUUUAUUACUGAGCCAAAUGAGGCACAUACUGAGUCAGUAGUUGGAGUCCAGGGCAUUCAGUACUUUUUCUGAUUUCCAUGUGUGUAUAGUGCCUGUCCCAUGCGGUAUUGUCAGUGUCAUGUCAAAUCCAGAACUCACAAAGCAGAGCCAGCGAUAUUUUAUUUGUAGACAAUCAACUAGAAUCUAUAAAAUUAUUACUGGCAGAUGAUUAUAAUUCCAGAUCCCUAACACUAGCAAAAGGAAACCCAGAGCAUCUUGAUAAGAAGUUUUCUGUUUUUGUUUUGUUCCUGGAAGUCAGUAGAAUAGCAGUUGUAUGUGGUUAUAUUAGUGUCAAGAUACUUAAUUUGCUGACCUUAUUAUUUCAGAAAAAAAAAAUUGUAUGUAUUAUAUUUGUGGGAAGUUAAAAUAAUGCUUUGAGAUUUUUAUCAAAUAUGGAGA